AUUUGUCAUUCCAUUUGUAAACUAUAUAGAAUUUGACGUUUCAUUGAUGAUUCACAUUUUGCGUUGUCAGAUUUCUACAAUAUUAUUUUUGCAAUUCCGCAAGUGCAUUGUUUCAUUGUGAAUAUAAUUUACUUGGAACCUAAUGUAGAUUAAAGUUAUGAAAAUGCUUGGUAAUUUCGAAAACGUUGGUUCGUUCAUACGUAACUGUAAUGGGACUACAUUAAAAUACGACCAAGCUUGUUUGGAGAUCAAAACAAAUGAAUCAGUUACAUUCUGGAGUCAAUAUGAAGAAUGCGAAGACUGCAUGUUAUUGGAGACUGCGAGAAUACCGACGUCGCGGGCUGUGAUAUUGAAUACCGUAAGCCCGCUCCGAUAUGCGAUUAAAAACGGAAAUGGAGACAUUUGCAGUGGUACAUAUGAAUUCGGGGAGUAUGGACAGUACAGUAUCAAUGUGAGCGAGGUUACGAAAGACGAAUGCCUGCCGCGUAUGACAGCGGAGCCCGACGCGGCCUACCUACCGAUACUGACCGCGGUGGUGGUGCUGCUGUCGAUGGCGACACUUUGGUACAUUGUCAAGGGUAUCGGCAAGCGUGUGGUAGCUGGAAGGCUCUACAGCAGAUAUUUUGCAAGAGAAGACAACGAGCUGGGGUCGGAAACUCGCGUCCUGACGACCGAAGCGAGCGUGCCUCGUUCCCCGACCCGCUCCCGUUUGCGGUCCCUCGAUAUAUUCAGAGGAUUCUCCAUCGCUCUAAUGAUCUUCGUUAACGCUGGCGGUGGUGGCUACAGUGUAUUCUCUCACUCCACAUGGAACGGUCUAACGGUAGCCGAUGUGGUGUUCCCGUGGUUCGCUUUCGCGAUGGGCGAAGCCCUUGUGCUGUCUCUCAAUGCUAGACUGAGGACUUCAAUGCCGAGAAUGACGGCGUUUGGACAGGUAGCGCGGCGCUCGCUGCUGCUGUCGCUGAUCGGGCUCUGCCUGAGCUCGGUGGGCGUGUCGUGGGCGGGCGUGCGGCUGCCGGGCGUGCUGCAGCGCCUCGCCGCCAUGUACCUCGUGGUGGGCGCGCUCGAGUGCGCCUUCAUGCGGACCAGCCAGAACAUCACUCCCGGUCGUUCACUUUUCCGCGACAUCGCUGCUGGCUGGCAGCAGUGGCUUGCGACCAUACUGCUCGUGGCUAUUCAGGUAUGCAUAACUCUCUCCGUUGCUGCACCGGGCUGCCCUAAGGGUUACUCUGGACCUGGUGGACUGCAUCGUACCGCUUUGGGAGAUUUCUCCUUGCAGAACUGUACCGCUGGCAUUGCUGGUUAUAUUGACAGAUUAAUCCUCGGACCAUCUCAUCUUCUUAGCCGUGGUACGUACUCGAAGAUGUACCAGACGGUGGUACCCCACGACCCUGAAGGAAUCUUAGGUAUCCUCUCCGGCAUACUGGUGGUACAGGCUGGAGCUCAUACUACCAGGAUCAUGCUGGCGUACAAUCAUGCCAGAGCUCGUAUAAUGCGCUGGGUGUUCUGGUCGGUGGUAUUCGGCGUGUCCGGCGGAGCUCUGUGCAUGUUCUGCAAGAACGGCGGCGUCAUACCCAUCAACAAGAACCUGUGGUCCGUCUCCUACUGCCUGGUGACGGCGUCCAUGGCGUUCUUCAUCCAAGCCGUGCUCUACUUCCUGGUGGAUCUGAAGACCAAAUGGGGAGGGCGACCGCUCUACUAUGCAGGACAAAACGCGCUGUUCCUGUACGUGGGCAGCGAGCUGCUGAAGCGGCACUUCCCGCUGUACGUGCGCGUGGCGGCGCCGGCGCACGCGCAGCUGCUGGCCACGCACGCCGCCGCCAUGCUCAUGUGGCUCGCCGUCGCCGUGGCGCUGCACCGGAAGCGGAUCUUCAUCUCGCUCUAGUGCCGAUCGUGCCCAGCGGUCCGAGUUAUAUUACCUACUGAUACUGUUCAUACUGUUCAUUUUAGCGUAGCUGUCGUUAUCGUUACUCUUGACGAAAUAUCGCCUUUAUUAACUUAUCAUUAAGUCUCACUUUGCCGUAGCGUCUUUCGAUUAUUAAUCGUUAUUGUUGUUGCAUAGCAACCAGAUUAUUAAUACCUAUAAUAUUCGAUUCAUCCACUUAAUAUUUUUAUUAUUCAUUAAUUCGAUAUAAUCAAUAAGCGUAAAUUAUUAGCGAUUGCGAUACAGCGAAAUAUUGCGUCUCGCAUGUAGUAAGGUUAUUUUUAGCGUAACAUUAUUUGCGACACAGUUUUAAUUUUAUUGGGAUUAACCAUUAUGUAGAAAUUUGACCUUAUCGUUAUUGCUUUAAAGUUCAGUUUAAUGUACCACGUCUUAUAGUUAUGUUAUUAAGAAAACGUCUAUCGAUAAAUAAAUAAGUACUAAAAUAUACUAACACUAAUUAUUGUAUUGUAUUGUUGUGUACAGUCAUCAGUGUACAGGAAAAUAAUCUGAAAAAGGUAGUAACCUUGUAAUAUUGUUGUUAUCGGCAAAUUGCAAAGCAGUUAGUCUUUACUAGGAUCUGCCAUAUGGAGACAUCUAGUGGCCUUAAUCUCCGAAACUGUACGUUCGACGUACAUUGGCUUGAAUUUUAGCACAGUGACCCCUUUUGCGAAGAAAGUAAGUGGGGGUAACUCUGUAUGAAUUUUACAAGUACAACGUCGGAUGGACAAUCAGUAGGAAGUAAUAAUUGGUCGCAAUCACUAAUGCAAGGUGUUAGAAAUAUAUAUGAAUCAAAUUAGAAAAGAGGAUUUAGUAUGACAUGGAUAAAUUUCUUUCAGCACAGCCAACAUGCCAAAUAUAAUUAGACAGAUAAAUAUUUAUAAAUAAGAUAAAAUCUUGUCGUGUUAAACCACCAUAUGGUGUGGAAUUUCAUUUGAGAUCAUUAUGGGAGACUGCAUGAUAUCAGGUAUUUUUCUUAGAUUAAAACAAAAGUUCUCCAUUACAACAAGCGCCAGGUGUAAGCAAUGUUUUGGCGAUCUCCUCACUGGUUCAAGAAUUGAUCUUCUUCGGUGAGAUAGCCCUCAACGCGCGGCGCUCGGUUUUUUCACCUUGGCUUAAGAGAGUUCUGUCAAAAAAAGCUUGGAUAAAAUUUUGAUAUAUCGUAAGUUAUGUGUCUAAUUGGAUAUUUUAAUUAUAUUAUGUAAUGUUAUAAAAAGACUUACUUACUUAAGAUUACCUUGGCUGUGUCUAUUAAACUUCCAAAUGUCAUAUACUAAUUGAUUUCCACUAAAAAUUUCCAUUAAUUCACGGAAGCAAUAAUCAGUCAGUUAGUCCGGUCUUUAGGAGAAGGCUUAGAGCUAAUAUCACCACGGUGCUCCAAUCCAGAUUGCUCGAAACACGUGUGUGAAUUUUAAGAUCUAAAACACACAACACAGUAUUGCAUGUGAACAUGUUUGAUUUAAAGGAAUGAUAAAUAAAUUUGUAAAUAAAUAAAUAAAUUUAUUAUAAUCCAUAUCGCAAUAAUACAUUUAACAGUUCUCCAAUGACUUGUAUAUUAUGAUAACGUACGAAAUUUACAUUAGUAUAUACAGAAAUGGAACUUUGAGAUGCAAAUAUUAAUGUGAAAAUUGUCUCAAAUUUUCUACAAUGUAUGUUUAAAAAUAUUCUUUCUCAUAAUUUGUGUUUUAAUUAUAAGAAAAUUAUUAUGUAUACAUAUAUUUUGAUUAUGUUAAAAUUAAAAUUAUUUUUAA